AUGGCUGAUGAUACUGAAAUUGAACGUAUGCUUGAAGAAAAAAUGCAUGAAGAUCAACAAAUUCAUAAACAGCAAAAUGGUGACAAGAAAGAGAAAGACACAGACACAGAUAAGGAUAAGGAUAAAGAAAAAAAGCACAAGAAGCAUAAACAUCACAAACAUCAUAAAUCACAUAAAAGUGAUAAAAAACAUGAUCGAAAACGAAGCCGGUCGCCAAUCAAUGAACGACGUCGUCGUACACCAACACCACCAACAUUACCCAGUGGUAAACGACGAGGUGUUAAUUCUGAAUUACAUCAAUUAGCCCAAUCAUUAAAUCGAGGUAGAAAUUCAAAAGAUACAUCAACAUCAAAAUCAAGUCGUCGUGAAAAAUCACCAGAAUUGACACCAGAAGAACGUGAUCUUCGGACAGUAUUUUGUAUGCAGCUAGCAGCACAAAUUCGACCACGUGAUCUCGAAGAAUUUUUUGCCCGUGCUGGUAAAGUUCGUGAUGUACGUUUAAUAACAGAUCCUCGAACACGUCGAUCGAAAGGUGUUGCCUACGUUGAAUUACGUGAUUUAGCUUGUGUACAAGCGGCUCUUGCCUUAUCUGGUGAAAAAGUUCUUGGCAUACCAAUUAUUGUUAAGCCAUCGAAUGCUGAAAAAAAUCGAUUAGCCGCUCAAGCAGCUGCAGCUGCUGCUGCUCAAAAUUCAGUUAUGACGAAUGGUAUAGCAGCACUUUCAGGAACAGUGAUACCAACACAUGGGCCUAUGAAACUAUAUGUUGGAUCACUACAUUUCAAUAUCACAGAAGAUAUGCUACGUGGUAUAUUUGAACCAUUUGGACGUAUUGAUAAUAUCACACUAAUGAAAGAUCCUGAUACUGGUCGAUCGAGAGGAUAUGGCUUUAUUCAAUUUUCUCACGCCGAAGAUGCUAAACGAGCAAUGGAGAAUUUAAACGGUUUUGAAUUAGCUGGACGACCGAUGAAAGUUGGUCAUGUUACUGAACGACCAGGUGAUAUGACGGCUUCAGUCGGUACUACUUAUCCAACAUAUACCGGUGGCGUUGCAUCAUCAUUUACAGCUGCAUCCAAUCUUGAUUCUGACGAUCUUGACCAUCGCGGUAUUAAUUUAGGUGCAACGGGACGUUUAGCUUUAAUGGCUAAGUUAAGCGAAGGCAGUGGCUUACAAAUGCCAAAACAUGCUAUGGACGCAUUACAAGCUGCACAUAUGCAUGCAGCUGGUUCGCAACAUGUUCGUAUACCUGAACCGCCCAAUCCGCAACAACUAGCAACAGUAACAGCUGUUAGUACACAAUGUUUUAUGCUUUCGAAUAUGUUUGAUCCAACGACAGAAGCUAGUCAUAAUCCGGAUUGGGCAAAAGAAAUUCGUGAUGAAGUGAUAGAAGAAUGUAAUAAACAUGGCGGCGUAGUGCAUAUUUAUGUUGACGAAAAAAGCUCCGAUGGAAAUGUUUAUGUUAAAUGUGCAACUAUUGCUAGUGCAAUCAAUGCUGUCAAUUCACUUCAUGGUCGAUUUUUUUCUGGUCGUACUGUCGUCGGAAACUAUAUACCCACGCAAUCUUAUCAUAAACUCUUUUCUGCAGCAACCACGGCGACAACACUUCUGAUGCCUUCAUAUCAAUAA